AUGAAUGCAGACGAUUUAAAAUUUACUGUUGAAACAGAAACAGUAGAAACUCCAGCUUUGGAUCUUCCGAUUCCCCUCAAUAAUAAUCCGUCGACUCUUCUUCUAUCCAACAAAAAUGAGCAACAACAACAGCAGCAGCAGCAACAGCAGCAACCGCAGCAGUCAGUGCAUCGGGAACUUUCUCAUACCGAAAUAUUGAAUAAUAGCCAUAAAAAUAACUCGAGUCCAUCAUCUAAGGUCAGGCCGGAAAUUGUGUCUAGUACUCAACAAAUGCAGCGACCAUCACCUCUAAGUAACAUUAUUAUAGAUGGUUCUACUCAUGAUAAUAUAGACUCCUUAAUGAGAUCAUCGUCGACCAUUGGGCGUAGUAGUGAACGGGUCCAUGUAGAUAAUGACACUAACAUCAAUAACAAGAGCCUCAAAAACAGGGAAUUUACAGAUGAAAUUCGUGAACCAAAUCAUUUAAUUGAUAAUAAUCCGUUAUCAUCUCAUCUAAGUCAUCAGCCCCUAAAAAACAAGAAAAGCUCAUUGCUAGUUGGAUCGUCUUACGGUCUUCCCAGUAUGACAACAGAUAUCUCCAGGAUCGACUCGACUAAAGGAACGUUGGGAAAUAAUGCCAAACCCAGAGCCCCAAUGGCUGAAAUUCACAAUUCUGGUAAUGACAGAAAUACUAAUAAUGCAAUUCGUGAAAACCAUACUUCAUUAUCCAAUGCUAAUCUGAUAUCGAGAUCAGAGUCUGUGACGUCAAUGUCACAACCGAACAAACUUACGGCAAGUCUUUUACCUGAGAAAUCAUCUAUCCAUAGUGGUCCCAAUUCCAAUGCCAUGGGCACCAAAAUUGUUAGCAGCGCCAAAAUUAUUGAUAGGCCAUCAUUACCGUUAAGGAAUUCGAGAGAGUUACUAUUAUCUGCUACUGUUAAAGCAGAUGGUUCAGACCAUUCUUCCCUAGCAAUUGACAAUGGUGUUCGUCAUGAAGCAUCAAUUACUGCCGGAUCAGAAAUAAAACUCAAAAAGGAUACUGAUAACUUAGGUAGUGUUUCAAUAAGAAAAACUGUUUCACAAGAUAAGGGAAUUGAACCAAAUGAAAUAAUAGAAACACAACAACACGAUGUAUCACAAAAACCAACUAAGACCGACUUCUUUGCCGCAAAAUUGGCAUCUGCAGUUGGAGAUAACGAGGUAAGCGAUUCAGAAGAAACCUUCGUUUAUGAAUCAGCAGCAAAUUCCACGAAGAAUGCAAUUUUCCCCAAUAGCAACGGUGAACUUCUAGCACAUCAACAACAACAACAAGUUUCGGAAAAUAGAUCACAUGGUAUAACUCCAAAGAUGAGUGUUCCGAUAUUGAAUAAUAAUAAAAAAUUACUCAGUAGGUUGAAAAAUACAAGGCACAUAAGUACAGGUGGGAUACCGACAACUUCACUGGCUGCAUUGGCUCCUCUUAAUGCUCAAAAUGUUGAAUACGAUCAUAGUGGGAUAGUUCAAGCACAACCUCAUUCUGUACUACAAAAUCCACUUAAAGCAGGUGCAAACAGUAACAAUCAAGAUGACUUGGAAAGUUUUACUUCUUAUGAAAGACAACAACAACAGACCAACAGAACAAAAAUUGAUCGGCAAUCUAUUAAUUCAUAUAAUCUAGAACAACAACAGUUGCUGGAGAGGUCACCUAAUAGAAGGUUGAAUGGCUCCGUGUCGACAACUGAUGGUCUUGUAAUGCCAUCAUCUUCAUUUCUACCUCAAGCAACAGGUAUGAUCUCUUCACCUUCAAUCCCGAGGAGGAAUAUGAAUGGCAACACUAACAACAAUUAUAGCAUGAAUAACAUUAAUAAUAGCGAUAACACUAAUACAACUAAUAAUAAUAAUAAUAAUAAUAAUAAUAAUAAUAUUCAAAGCAAAACUUAUGGGACGUCCAUGAAUGCAACGUUAUCUAAUCCAACCCAAAGAAAAAGUUCAAUUACAAGACAUACAGCUAAUUUACCUAAGCAACAAGAAGGAAUAAGUGCCUCUGGUAGUAAAAGGAAAUUAAGAACUACCGUUUCGAAGAUUUUUGAUGCAGAUGGAGCUCCUCCGUUGAGACGAUAUUCUGGUGUUCCAGAUAACGUUAAUUUAGAAGAUUACAUCGAACAAUCAGAUGAGUACCAUAUACCUAAUAGUAUCAAGAUGAACAGUUACAUCGCUCCAAAAGGUACACAGAUAGGACAAGAUGAAUAUAGAAGAAGUAGCACUCAUACAUAUACGUCCGACUAUGAUUAUAAUAAUAACAUUAAGCCUUCCAAUAACAUGAAUGCUAAUUCUAAUGGGAAUGGUAAUUUCUUUAACGAGCCUGGUGCUAUCAAAGAGGAGAAUGAAGAAGACUUAUCUAUUAAUAGUAAUAAGAAGGAAAGUAUGAACUUCAAUCAUCCUAACAACAACUCUAAUUUAGAGCAAAUGCUUGACGAUGAUGAUGAAAUGGUACCUGAUGAUGAUCGGUCAAUGUUUUAUUACAGCCAUAGAGAUGACUUGGAAGCCCGUCCGCAUAUUGCAGACUAUCGGAAUGAUUUUGUUGAUGAUGAAGAAGACGUAGGUGAAGACCAUGAUCCCUUAUCCCAUAACAAUCAUGUCAAUAAUCAAAACCAUCCAUUGUAUUAUGAUAAUGGUUAUACUACGGAGAUCAACAAUGGCAGAAGAUCUUUUAAACAUACUUCUUAUUAUGACCCCACGUUGUCUCCUACGUUUUUCCAACAUCAACAGCUACCGCAACAGCAUAAUCUGACAUUAACGGGUGCUCAAUCACAACAUAAUGCUGGAUUUCUUGCAACCCAUCCGCAACAACAACAACAACAGCUGCAACCAAAUAUUAAUGAGAAUACACCAUUACGGCCUAAAAAUAGGCCGGCGAGGAAUGGCUUUAGUUAUUCGCCACAUAAUUUUAAUACAAAGAAAUCGUCGUGGUCCAAAAUUAAGAAUUGUGUUUAUUUCACAUUUGUGGUGAUUUCAUUACUAACUGUUGGAUUUAUACUUGGAUUCUUAUUAGCUACAAACAAAGAAUUACAAGGUAUUGAUAUAGUGGUAAUGGAUAAUAUCAUUAGUAGUUCAGAUGAAUUAGUAUUUGAUGUUACUGUAAGUGCAUUUAAUCCUGGAUUUUUUUCAAUUACCAUUAGAGAUAUUGAUAUAGAUGUCUUUGCAAGAAGUUCAUUCAUCAAUAAAGAAUAUUACGUUGAUGGUAAAUCUAGUGGGAAUAAUAAUAAAAAUAUGGAGACAACUAUCUUAUUGGGGACAAUUUAUUCAUUAGAGACACCAUUACAAUUCCAAGGUGGAUUUUUCAAUAGGAACUAUGAUGUUUCGAGGUCAAGUAUUAAGAUAUUGCAUCCUGGUUCUAAUGACGCAAAACAUAACGGUGGCAGUGGCGGGAAUGAUGAAGACGAUAAUGAUGAUAGGGACAAACAAGGUGCUAAGCAAGAGAAAGGGCUCAGUAUAUCGAGGAAUGGAUGGUUCGCAGGAGGUGAUGAUAACGAUGAUGAUCAUGAUGACCAUGAUGAUUCUAAGAAGUGGAAGACAUUGAUACAACAUGAUUAUGAGUUAAUUAUACGUGGUAAUAUGAAAUAUAGGAUUCCGUUCUUUAAUAACGAGAAAUCAGUUGCCGUGCAAAAGAGUGAAGAAGUCCCCUUAAAGACGAAGAGGAUGGGAAUGCAAACGUAA